AUUGGCCGUUGGUUUACUUUUUUUUCUUCCUCUUUUCGAUGCGAUGCGACAGCUCGUGAUCCUGGAGUUUUGCUCAUGGAUGUCUCGUUGUGAUACACGGUUUUUGUUCCUUUCUUUGACUAUUUUAUAGGAAAGCCGAAGUCCUGUCCCUCUGCAGCAUGCAGCCGGCAGCAUGGCUCAGGGCAUCGCUUGGUUCUAGCGGGCGAAGGACGACGCUCCUCUUCCAGGCCCCCCCGCUCUACCUCUGUCCAGCACUCCGCGGCUUCGCUUCCGCCCACCUCCCUUUGCGCCAUGGCCGCCCGCUCGUCUGUAGACAGCGCAAGUGUAGUUAUGCACCUGCGGAAAGGUCUCUGUUACAGCCCAAGCGGGAGGUGCGCCGGGCCUACAGCCUAGAUGUGACACUACAGGGCACAGAGGUGCUCGGCAAUGAUGCAGAGCCGGAGCGGGCACGUCAGGCCCUGUCCGGAUUGCCACCCCUGUGCACCGGCUGUGGCGCAAUCACGCAGACUGCCGCUCCAGGCCGGCCAGGCUACUACGGUCCCGAACGGAAGGACGUCAUGCUGUGCAGCGGAAUGGAGUCGCCGCCGCCCAGGGUCCCAACGAGACACGAGAAGGAGGAUGCGAUAGUCACGGCGGCACUGCGGUCCGUCAAGCCCGAGGAGCUUGAAAAACUGGGGGUAAACAUCACUGCCCUCACAUCAGACCUUCCCAAUCAUGAAGCCAAGGAGCAGCAAAGCCCGCGGCAGCUGCUAUGCGAUCGCUGCCACAACUUAAUACACCACUCGGAGGGGGCACCCAUCUUCCACCCCAGCCUCGAUGCCUUGCGCGAGACGCUUGACGAGUCUCCCUACAAGUACAACCACGUCUACCACGUCAUCGACGCGGCCGACUUCCCCAUGUCGCUGCUCCCCAACAUCCACAGCCUGCUCGAGGCAAUGCCGCUGCGGUCGCAGAACCGCCGAUCCAGGAGCGGCCGCUUCUACAAGGACCGCAAGACGGAGAUCAGCUUUGUGAUCACGCGCUCAGACCUGCUAGGGCCCAAAAAGAGGCUGGUCGACGGCAUGAUGAGCUACCUCAGGGAGACUCUGCGCGAUGCCCUGGGCAGGCGCGGCCGCCGACUCCGCCUGGGCAACGUGCACUGCGUGAGCGCCCGGCGCGGCUGGUGGACACAGGAGCUCCAGAAAGAUAUCUGGAAGCGCGGCGGCGGCUGCUGGUUCGUGGGCAAGGCCAACGUCGGCAAAAGCCGCCUGUUCCACGACGUCUUCCCCAAGGGCUUGAUGGGGAAACCUCAGUCAAAACAUCAGAUAACGGUCCCGUUGGGUGCAAGCCCGCAGGGUGGCGACUUGGAAGAUUCGGCCAUGGCGGAACUGCUCCCUGCUCCUGAGGCAGCCCUAGAAGCGGAGGAGGGCGAGAUGGGAGAGCUUGACGAAUACUCGCUGCUUCCGCCCGCCCGCCGAGAGACCAACUUCCCCGAAAUGCCCAUCGUCUCGGCGCUGCCCGGGACCACGGCGUCGCCUAUCCGAGUGCCAUUCGGCAACGGCAAGGGCGAGCUGAUCGAUCUCCCUGGCCUGGAGCGCUCGCAGCUGGAACAGUAUGUCAAGCCGGAGCAUCACCAGUCGUUGAUCAUGAAGACCCACGUCCGGCCCACGAAGGAGGUUAUUCAGCCCGGCCAGUCCUUGAUGAUAGGCGGCUUCAUCCGCAUCACGCCCGAGCUGCCGCGGUACAAUGUGCUAUCAUGGUCAUUCGUGCCGCUCAAGGCGCAUCUCACAAGCACUACGAAGGCGGUGGCGAUGCAGCAGCAGACGGGAGAGGUCCAAGUAGAAAACAUCGCGACGGAGAGCGCGAUCGAGGCGACCAAGCUCGCAGGCACCUACGAGCUCCGCUGGGACGUGACCAAGGAUUACACGGGCCCGCUAACGGCCAAGUACGCAGGCAAAGUUUCGCUAGAUCGCCUGCCCUUCCGCAUUCUCGGGGCCGACAUCGUCAUCGAGGGAGUCGGCUGGGUCGAGCUGACGGUGCAGGUGCGGAAGAGGGAUCUGGAGUCGGGACGGCAAGGCGCAGAGCGCAAGGAGGUUAAGGUCGCGAGGACCAGAGGGCGCGGUGGAGACGUGAUCCGGCAGACACUUGACCUCUCGGAGCCGGGAGACGAGGAGGCCCGGAAAGAGGAGGACGACGCGCCAGAAAAGAAGGGCGAGGACGACAUUGCAUGGCCAAAAGUGCAAAUCUUUACGCCCGAGGGCAGGUUUGUGAGCGUGCGGCCGCCAAUGAAGGCGAGUCUGUGCUGCCCUCCCCCAAAACCAGAAAGGGGACGGCCCAGGAAGAGCAUGAAGGGGGAGAAGAAGCGGGCCAAGGCGGCGAGGCGAGCGGCAGCUGCGGAACCGUAGACGAUUGACGGGAGCAUAUCAAUCAAUGUACAUAUGUAUGUAGUUUUUGGUGAUCAGAUCCCUGUGCUGAGCAGAGUUCGGGCGGGUGAUGUGAUGUGCCGGCUUGGCAAGACUGUACGUGCAGUGUGCAGUGCAGUCUUUACCCCUCCCAGCGACCCAGCAAAGGGUCCAACCCCUCAAUCAAUCAACAAACGCACAGGCAUUGACCACACGUCAUUCUCGUCGUGUGCUGUCUGGGGCUCAAUCUGUCAGCGAGCUGCAACCUUUACGGCCAAGCAUUCCGCGGACUGCUGCUGCCGGCGCGUGCUGGUCCAGUCAAGCUAGUAGUACACAGUAGUUGCUUGUUUGAGUGUCGUGUCGGUGUUUCUUUGGACGUCAGCUUUUUU